AUGAGUCCGACGACUAAAAAUUUAAAACCAAAAUCAAUAUUGAAAAAUAAAGCACAACCUAAAGUUACUAAAGAAAUACCUAAAACUAAAAAUAUAACACCACAAAUAUCAGAAGAAUCAAUUGAAGAAGAUGAAAAUCUAGAAGGAUUAUCAGAUUUGGAUGAAGAUGAUGAAGUGGACGUAGCAGAUAUAUCAAGUGGAGAAGAUGCAUCAAGUGAGGAUGAAUUAGAUGAAGAAGAACUAGAAGAACAAGAAGAUGAAAGUUUUCCCUUAAAAAAGAAACAAAAAAAGAAUAAAGAUGAUGGAUCAGAAUCAUUCGCAACUGCAUUCAAUUCAAUUGUCAACUCUAAAAUAAAAGCAUACGAUAGAAAAGAUCCAAUAUUAGCAAGAAAUAAAAUUACUCUCAAAAAAUUAGAAAGUGAAAAAUUAGAAAAUAAAGCAAAAAAAGCCAUUUUGGCAGAAAAGAAACAAUUUCAAGAUAAACAUAGAAUAAAACAAUUAUUACCAAUAACAACAGCAGAAGAUUCAAAUGAAAAUAUUAAAUCGUUAUUAAGUAAAGAAAGAAGUAUGAAAAAAAUAGCACAAAAGGGUGUUGUUAAAUUAUUUAAUGCAGUUUUAUCAACUCAAAUUAAAACUACCACUGAACUAAAUAAUGUUAAAAUGGGAGUCAGUAAAAAAGAAGAAUUAAUGACUGAUGUUUCAAAAGAAAAAUUUUUGGAUUUAAUUGCAGCUGCUGGAGGAGAAGAAUAA